GUGUAUACAUUAAAACAGCUAUAUAAUAAAAGUAAAAAUACUACAAAUGAAUUUAUUUGAACUGAGCGCACAAAGCAGAAGCUGAAGUUUCCAAAAAUAUUAUACUUUAUUAUACUAUCAAAUCGGAGUGAAAUAAUUAUUAGUUUCUAUAAUUUAUUAGAAUACUAAAAACUAUGGGAUGUUAGUCCCCAGUGCCCACUGGAUCAGCAGUUUAUUUUGCAUUGUUUAUUUUUAUAACUAAGUGUUUUUUUUUCAGAUUCAAAAACCGGUCCUGCAGAUGAUUCAAGGUUUGAAUAAUUUUUAGAUAACUAACGGUUCUGUAAUAUUCAGCUCAGUUUGGGUAUGCAAAUUUUAUUAAAUUUUUUUUUGGUCUACCAUUUUACCUGUUAAAGAUUCAAGAAUUUCAUAUUUUUAAAAUAAAAUUCGACGAUGCAGAGCGUAGUAUUUUUUUAUAUAUUACAAAAUUUUAAUAAACGUAAAUGAAAUAAACAAAAAGAGAUUAAAAAAAUAAAAUCAUGUUGAAGUUUGUAACAUGUUCAUAUGGGCUUCACGUGAUUUUAAGCUUUGGCAUAUGAGCAUGGGUUACAGGAUACGGACUCUAGAUUAGGGUACAGUGAACUUCAUAUGUUUUUGAAAAAAAUAAAAUUAAAGCUUAGGAAAAGGUGUAUUCUUAUGUAAAAUUAAAUUUUAAGGUAGGUUUGCUAUGGACAACUUUUUGAUUAGAAAACGUUUUGAUACCCAAAUUUUCAUAUUUAGACAUUAUUAAAAUGAAAUAUACUUUAAUUAUUAUAAAGUAAAUUUAAUCCGGUUUUAUGUUUAGUUUCUCAUAAUAAGCGCAGUGCCAAAUCAAUUUUUAAAAAAAUUCUUAGCUCUCCACCGUAAAGUAAAAGACAUCUAAACAAGAUCGUAGUCGUAGUGUAAAUAUUUUAUUUGUUAUAUUAUCAAUUUAUUCAUAAAUGUCGAAAGUUAAAACUAGAUAUUCAUCCACCACUAGAAUUUCUGAGUUUGUUGGACCUGGAAAAGAUUUUAUUCCUAGCGAGCUGCCUACAAACAGAGCAGUUAUUCAAAAAGGAAUUUUAUUAAAAGAACAAGAAAGCAUAACAUGCAAUUUACACCAAAAUAAAUAUUCUAACAAAGAUCUUGCUAGCGAUCUAAUUCCACUUGUUCUUGCUCAAUGGAAAAAAGCAAGUGUUUUAUUUCAACAACCAGUUAUUAUUGGGGAGAAAUCGCUUUAUUAUAGAAUAAAGACACUUUGGGAGAAAGUAGAAAACGUUGCAUGGGGAAGAACUAAGGUAAAAGUAAAAGAAGAGCUAAAAUUGAAGUUAGAUAAACUAAUGGACCUCAUAACAUGUGCUCACACAAUACUUCUAUGCGAGCAUGAUCUGUCUGGGUGUUCUUCCCCCAAAAUUGUAAAAAUAAAGCACAUAUAAAUUGCACCUGUAUUUAUUCUAAAAAAAUUCCAACUAUGGAGCUCAGGUGGUUAUACAGUCAAAGAAUUAAGACAGGUGAAAAGUCUGACAUGCAGAUGGGUCAUGCUGAUAAGAUUGAGACAAUGAAACUGAGAAAAAAGUAUAAGAGACAAGUCAGCAAUGAAGAAGCUUACAAGAAAAAAAUUAAAAAAAUAGAGGAGAAACAAGCAUUCUUCGAGGUCGCAAAAGAAGAAGAUAUAGAUUUAGAUAAAGAACAUCAAAAAAAUAUUUUUCCUGGCUUUCUCAAUGAAAACUAUAAUCUAGAUAAUGUUAACUUAACUUUAAAACAAGACAAUGAAAUUAAGAUUUUGGUUAAAAGGCUGCUAAAGGAAAAGUUAGGUGUCUAUGCUUUCCUUGUAACACGGUUUUUAGAAAAGAAGUCAAGAUAUAACACAAUGUCAAUAAAAAACACAGCUAUGGCUAGUAUAAGGUUUGGGAUUUCACCUGCCGCAACUGUAGCAAUUGCUACAAGUUAUCUUCAAGAUUUAAUUGAAGCAGGAUUUCUCACCCCUGAGUCCUCUUACCUUACUUGUGAUCCUUCUAAGUUGACGAGAGAGAGAAAAAAGGUGAUGGUAGUUGCAAAGAAAAAUGAUAAUUUAAAACUUCCGAAAGCAGAUAAUAUUGCCAUUUACUUUGAUGGAAGGAAAGAUUCAACAAGAGCAAUGAUAAAUGAUUCAAAUAGACAGCUACAUCCUAUUAUUAUCAAAGAGCAGCACAUUACUGUGACUAUAGAACUUGGUGGUCGAUAUUUUGGCCAUUUUACCCCAAAUGCACCUAAUCAUCUAGAUAAGCCAGCUAAAAAGAUUGCUGAAGGUGUUUAUAAUUUGCUGCAAUAAUAUAAUCUUACUGAAUCAUGUUUAGUACUUGGAGCUGACAGUACUUCAAUUAACACAGGCUGGAAAGGUGGUGCUAUAACGCAUCUUGAAAAGCUGUUAGGUCACAAGUGUUACUGGGCUAUGCUUUAUUUGAAUGAAUUAUUUUUGUGUCACCUUAUAGAAGGCAUUGAUGGACCAACAUCAUGUAGUACUGGAUUUGUAGGUCCUGUGGGAAAAUUUCUUCCUGAUGUUAAUAAAAUGGAGUAUAUUCUUAAAUUUAAAGCUCUUCCAACUGGAGAGAGCUUUGUCGACAUUCCAGAAACAAUAUUAAAAAAUAUGUCAACAGAUCAGAAACAAUGUUACAAGCUAUGUAAAGCAGUUAAGAUUGGUUUAAUGCCACCUAAACUUAGAGAAAUUCAAUGUGGCCCCUUAAGUCAUGCCAGAUGGCUCACUACUGGCAUGAGAAUAGUCUUUAUGUGGACAAGGAAACACAACUUAAAUGAUCAAAAUUCGCAAAAUCUAGAAAUACUUGUUGUAUUUUGUUUACAAUUUUACUUUAAACUUUUUUUUGACAUAAAGGUCAAAAACAGACUUGAAGAUGCUUCUUAUCACAUUCUGUCUCAAAUGAGAAUUCUUAGAAUGCAACCUGAUAGAGUAAAAGAAAUUGUGUUUCCCUACAUCCAGUUAGGGGCUUGGUAUGCGAACCAUGAAAGUAUACUAAUCUCUUUAUUAUCUAGUAAUAAUGCAGAAAAUCGCAAUUUUGCAGUUGAUCAAAAUUUGAAACUAAGGGGUAAUGAUAUCCUUGGAGAUAUGCGAAGAAAAACACCUAAACUUAACUUUGCAGCAACUACUCUUCAAGAGCUAGUUAAAUGGGAAAAUGGUGUUGUAGAAGAACCUGUUUUUACUUGUUCGCUCACCAGAGAUAAGUUGUUAUUACUUAGAUUGGUACCUUUAAUAACUCCUUCGAUUAAAAUUCAUACUCAAAGUACUGAACAUGCUGUAAAACAAGUGACAGUAGCAUCCAUGUCAGUAGUUGGACCAUAUGCAAGAGAUGGUUAUAUUAGAGCUAGAGCUCAGCAUAGAGAGUUGCUACCUGUUUUUAAAACAAACAAAGAAAUUUUAUUAAAUUUUUAACUUCAAUAGAUUUUUAUUUGUUUUUUAA